GUCGGCAAAGUGUCGGCUGCAGCGGGCAGAGUCAGUCCGGAUCCUCAGCGCUCCGGACGUGAGCACGGACCCCCCCCUUUCAUGAGUCACUGAAGCUGCCGACGCUGCCAGGUACAGGAUGAGGGUGCAGCCGGUGGUCGUUACAGUGUUACUAACGGCGGCGGUCGCUUACUACGUUUACAUCCCGCUGCCCGAUGCCAUCCAGGAGCCGUGGAAGCUGAUGAUGCUGGAUGCUGGGUUCCGGGCAGCGAUGCAACUGGCCUCUUUGAAGGAUUGGCUGGGCUUUGACCAUUACAUCCGGUCUAUCAGGAAGUCAACAGAGGGCUUUGAGGGCAUGAUAAAGGGCCUGGACAGUUCUGAGUCCGGCGGAGGGGUGAUGCCCGGAGUGAAGGUCAGUGACAUCACUUUUGCCGGCAUCCCCGUCCGAGUGUAUGAGCCCCCGGCUGGAGGCGAGGGCCAUCUGCGGAGAGGGUUGAUGUAUUUCCACGGAGGCGGCUGGGCCCUCGGCAGCGCCAAGAAGGGGUCAUAUGAUGCCAUCAACCGCAUGGUUUCGGAUGAGCUCAGCGCUGUUGUUGUCUCUGUUGAGUAUCGUCUGUAUCCAGAAGUGCACUUUCCAGUGCCAUACUUAGACUGCCUCGCUGCUGCCAAACACUUCUUGUCCCCAGACGUUCUGGCCAAGUACGCAAUUGACCCUGAGCGUGUGGCCGUGUCCGGAGACAGUGCCGGGGGAAAUCUGGCUGCUGCAGUUGCUCAGGAGAUUUCCAUAGAUGACACUAUGAGUCUGAAGUUCAGCAUCCAGGCUUUGAUCUACCCAGUGCUCCAGGCUCUGGACUUCAACACACCAUCCUACUUACAGAACCAAGACAUACCCAUCCUCUACCGUCCCGUCAUGGUUCGUUUUUGGCUGCAGUACCUCGGUGCUGACCUCUCCCUUCAGCACCAGCUGCUGGUGAACAACCAUAGCUCCUUACACCACUCAACCAUCACCCCAGAUCUGAGAGCGCGACUAGACUGGACCGUGCUCCUGCCCUCGAAAUACAAGAAGGACUACAAGCCUCUAAUCGUGAAAAAAGGUUCGCAGGGGCUUGUGAAGGAGGUGCCAGGGCUGCUGGAUGUGCGGGCGUCACCACUGCUGGCAGGACCAGAGGUUUUGGCUAAAUGCCCUCGGACGUACAUCGUAACGUGCGAGUACGACGUGUUGAGGGAUGAUGGGCUGAUGUACGCUCGGCGCUUACAGGACGCAGGAGUCACGGUAACCAACGACCACUAUGAGGACGGCUUCCACGGAUGUUUCAGCUUUAUAGUCUGGCCAAUGGACUUUGAUAUAGGGAGGAAGAUGCUCAGGGGUUACAUCAACUGGCUGCAGAACAACUUGUAAGAGUGUUUAUGCAAGAAGAUAACAGGUGCAUGCAUGUGUGUGUUUCACUGAUACAAAUGCACUAGCCCUUGCUUUGUGAAUAGUAGAGUUGCUAAAGGGCUCUUUGUGUAAAAAUAUAAGAUCUAAGCUCAGGGCCCUUGUGUACCUGCACACACACACACACACACACACACACACACACACACACACACACCUUCAGCUGUCUGCUAACUGUGGAGAAGGGGAAAAUAUAACAACAUCAUAGCUGACAUGAACCACAAAAGUCAUUAAUAGAUGCAUAAAAACAAUCGACAUCACAGCCACAAGCUUUCCAAUGAAGGAUAAAUUAAUAGGUGGGUUCCACUGGUUCCACAGCAGUACACACAUUCAUAUCCACACCACAAACACGUAAGGAAUAUAUGUCACAAGGGUUGUAAAUUUUAUACUUAACUUUUAGAAUGAAAGUAUCAUAAACCUCGAUCGACGGUAUCACGUUAGCAGUUAUUGGUUCUCUUGUUGUGGUAAGAAAGAACAAUGCGCACAUUAAACACAGGACAGGUAGGAUUUGUAAAUGAUAUUUUCUUUUCAAUAAAUCCUCUCCACAAAUAAUAGGGAAUUCAAUGCCAUUCUUAUAGACAGUAUUUCACUUUUUGUGUGUUUGACAACUCACCCGGCUGUAGUAAACACCCAUCUCAUGCUCCCUGCACUACAAUAAGGUGAUGUUUUCCCUGACAAAUGAUGCUGGCACUUGACAAUUACAAAGAAAAUGCACUAUUUCCUUCAGUUUUAUUCCAUUUAUUACUCAUGUUGUGUUGUAGUCACAGGAUAUUCUAGGUAUCUGAAAAUGCCCUUAGGCUACUAUGAAUGAAAUGUUUUGUGAUUUAAAUGCCUGAAUAGGGAAUGAAUGACUGAAGUUGCCUUCGUAGGUGUAUAUCAUUCUCCCUCAUAUCGGCCCUGAUUGAUCAGCUCUGGCUGUAGAGUUGGCAGAGGUCUUUGACAGGUGUCUGCAUGUAUGAAAUCACCCCUAAAAUGUUGCAAAUGUAACAUACAUGACAUCUGAGGUGCAACAACUAUUCAAACGGAGAAUCUUCUGAGAGUCAUGUGGGACACACAUUUCUUCUGUGUCUUCUGAUUCUUCCGACUGUUGUGACUUAGCGAAGGAUCUCAAUAAACACAUCAAGUCAAACUCGUGAAGCACAGCAUUUUCUGUUCAUUAGUUACUUAAGAAACCAAAAUUCCACCUCUAGUUACACUGUUAAUACACCAUCAGUCUGUGAUGUUCAAUACGUGUCAAAUGUUACUUGGUUUUUGCCUUGUAGGUCAUAGUAAAA